AUGUAUUCAGGCAUGUUUCUGUGGGCACGUUUGGUCCUUGAUUAUUUGUCGACGAACAUCUUCUUCUCGGGCCGCGAGGUGCGAGAAGCAGUCGAUUUGUUACCAAUCAAGCUGAGUGAAUUCUACGCUCGCAUUCUCUCCCAGCUUACUUCACGCUUUGAUCAAAGGUCUGUUGAAAGGCUAAGGUCAAUUCUUGGAUGGAUAGCCUUUGCCAAACGCCCAUUGACCAGAGGUGAGAUUAGAUCUGCUUUAGCUUUUGGUCAGGGCGAUCACACGGUCGAAGAACCAGUGCCCCGGUACAUCUUCGAUCUUGGGGCGCCAUUGUUGGAAGAGCAUCCAGAUACCGCUUUUUCAUUCGUGCACAUAUCAGUCAAAGAGUAUCUCCAAACCCCCGGGUGCAUUCUGUUCCUAGACCAGUUGGCCGCGACCUGUGAGCACGCAACUGCCACCAUAACUUGUCUCAUAUCCGGGUUAUGGGUAUUUUCCGGAAACCUGGCAGAUGAUACUCGUAUCAAUCUCAUAGUAAAGGGACUCUAUGGCUUGCACAUUUAUGCCAACCAUUUCUGGCUGGAGUAUCUUCUGGAUGCUGUAUCCACAGCAUCCAGGCUUGUCAAGGGCUCACCUCUGUACCGGGCCGCACAAGAGCUAGCAAACACCUUAAGCGUCCAGUCUGGUAUUCAGACAUACCCAACACCUGGGACUCAUGAGAGUACGACUAGCCGGGAUACUCGCCUGCAGUUUCUCGAAGAACACAAGGCCAUAUACGUAAUGGUCCGGAAAGAGCUUGGAGAACGAACAAAUCAUUCCAAAUUGCCGAAGAACGGAGAUAAAGUAACACUCACCGCUUCAUCCCUUCGCCCACCAAAAGAUUUCCAAAGCCUGCUCCUAGCCAUGCAGUCCAGCAUCAGACAUGUUUUGGCCCUCUCAACAAUCCCUGGAGUGCUACCAGAAGAUCUUGAUCGCUUCAAAAAUGAGUUCCGCACAUCGGCCUUCACGUGCCGCUUUCCAAAUUUCUCAAGAGCCGCACUCAGAUUCAACGAUGAGAAGUUGCAGUCUGCACAUGAAACUGGGCAUACACAACGUAUCAACUGUGUCAUCCUCGGCUGUCAAUAUCCACCAUUCGCUUCAACCCGUGCUCUAAGGGACCACGUUUCAAGAUGCCAUCAAACUCAGAACGCAAUUCGCAAGAGGAUCAAGCGUACCUCAGGAGGGAAAUUGUCUUCAGAACCAGUGAUACAAAAGAUGCCUGCCUUGACUUCGAUGGCCGACUUCUAUCCCGGCUCUACCAGUUAUCCACACCCUCCACCCCCUCCACUUCUUCUGACCUCUUGGCCAGCUCCAUACCUCGCAGACCCUCCAACCUCUAGACUGUGGCCCCCAAGCAUCUCGCUCUCGGACAUAAAUAAAGAAUAUUCUGUCAUUAAUUUCAGCUUCUUUGAGCCCCAACCCAAUGACAUCAUUCCGCAAGACCAAGCUCAUGGUCAGAGCAAUCAGGGCACCUUGGGGGACUACAUAGGACGUUCACUUUUAACAUUACGCGGCACAAGCGAGGACCCGUCGCAGGAAGAGGAAGAUCUUCUUCAAGAGUGGAAGACAGUUAAUGAGGAGAUCUCAUCGCAUAUCCAGCCUACUGAGAGCCAGGUCGAUGAGAACGAGGUUAUUUCUGACAAAGAAGAUCCUCGCGACCAGAGCUUAUGGUAUGGACUAUCAGCAUGGAAUGACGAGGUAUCGACGGAGGAAUCUAGACAUAUGGAGCUGAAAGAGUUUGAUAACUGA